GGGCAGCUCCACCCGCCGGCUGGCCCAGCCCCUCCGGUGGUGCCAAGGAAUGUGCCUGGGCGAGGCAGGAGGGGCCGCGGAGCCGCAGCCACCCGGAGGCAGAGCACAGGUCACGGCGUGGAGGUGCCUGGCCACCAUGCUCAGUCUCAAGCUGCCCCAGCUCCUCCGAGUCCACCAGGUCCCUCGGGUGUUCUGGGAGGACGGUAUCUUGUCUGGCUAUCGCCGCCCCAGCAGCUCGGCCCGGGACUGCGUCCUCAGCUCCUUCCAGAUGACCAACGAGACGGCCAACAUCUGGACUCACUUCCUGCCCACCUGGUACUUCGUGUGGCGCCUGCUGGCGCUGGCGGGGGCUCCGGGCUUCCGGGCGGAGCCGUACCACCGGCCGCUGCUCGUCUUCCUGCUGCCCGCCUGCCUCUACCCCUUCGCGUCGUGCUGCGCGCACACCUUCAGCUCCAUGUCGCCCCGCGCGCGCCACAUCUGCUACUUCCUGGACUACGGCGCGCUCAGCCUCUACAGCCUGGGCUGUGCGUUCCCCUAUGCCGCCUACUCCAUGCCGGCCUCCUGGCUGCACAGCCGCCUGCACCGGCUCUUCGUGCCUGCCGCCGCACUCAAUUCCUUCCUGUGCACCGGCCUCUCCUGCUACUCCCGGUUCCCCGAGCUGGAGAGCCCUGGGCUCAGUAAGGUCCUCCGCACGGCCGCCUUCGCCUAUCCCUUCCUGUUCGACAACCUCCCUCUCUUCUACCGGCUCGGACUGUGCUGGGACAGGGGCCCCGGCUGCGGACAGGAUGCGCUGAGCACCAGCCACGGCUACCACCUGCUGUGCGCCCUGCUCACUGGCUUCCUCUUCGCCUCCCACCUGCCCGAGCGGCUGGCCCCGGGACGCUUUGACUACAUUGGCCACAGCCAUCAGCUGUUCCACAUCUGUGCCGUGCUGGGCACGCACUUCCAGCUGGAGGCGGUGCUGGCUGACAUGGGAUCUCGCCGAGCCUGGCUGGCCACGCAGGAGCCCCCCGUGGGCCUGGCAGGCACGGUGGCCGCGCUGGGCCUGGCGGUGGCCGGGAACCUGCUCAUCAUUGCUGCCUUCACAAGCUCCCUGUUUCGGGCCCCCAGCACCUGCCCCCUGGUGCAGGGCGGCCCCCUGGAGGGGGGUAUGAAGGCCAGACAGCAGUGAGGCCCCCUCUCUGAGCCUGCCCCGGGGGAAGGCAGAGGCCAGGCCUCGGUGCCAGGGAGGA